UCCGACAGCUCAGACACGUUCUGAAUAAUUAUUCCAAUAACGUAAUUGGCGAUAAUUGCCACAUAAAACAUGUUUAAAGCUGUAGAGAUUAUUCAUGAAUACCAUAUGACACACUUCCAGCCGUAAAUAAGUUGAAUGUGAAUCCAAACACGAUAAAAAAUUGGAAACUAAUAUGAAUGUACGAUGUAAAUCACAACUUUUUGAUGUUAGGCAACCCAACAUACAGAAAUAAAUACAGGGUGUAAUUAUAAAAUCAAAAUAUUAAAUUAUGAAGUAAUACUUCUUGGGAAAAUAAUUCUAGUUGUAAAAUGUGUUAGUAUAAUUAAUUACGUUGUUUAUUUAGUGAUAGUAUAAAUUUUUGCGUGUUUAGUGGUUAAGCUAAUGUUAUUAGUCGCUUUUCAACAAAACUGUGGUUUGUUUAGUCAUUAAGUAAUCAAACACAAGAUAACCGUAAACAAUUAAUACCAACCCACACAGUUUUAUACUUUAUUGUUAUUGAACGUAAUCUAAUUUGUUAGUUCUUCAAAUUUUAAAGUUCAAGGUUACUUUACAUUGUCAUGUCUACCAACCUAAAAAUAACAUUUUAGUGACUCCACAGAUGUUUCUCAAUGACAGCUUUGACAGUAUCUUCAGCAGCAGGCAGCACAAACUUCACCAACUCUACAAGAUCCACCACAACCGCUCGCAGAUUGUUUUACGUGUCCGGUCGCGAAUGCCGCGGACGCCAGCGAAGUUUAUGAAUUAGCGCGCCUAGCAUGUUGCAUUCCAUCUCCGGCACGAUGACACACAACUCGUACAACAAGAACCACGAUAAGGAAAAGGGAGCUGGUGCUCCGCUGGACCAGGAGUAUCCGAUCGGCAUGGACGGAGUGUUUUUCGCCGCUGACUUUCGCAGAAAUGAAGACCUUAAAGAGAUGCUUGACUCGAACAAAGAUAAUCUGAAACUGGAGGCUAUGAAAAGAAUCAUUGGGAUGAUUGCAAAAGGUAGAGAUGCAUCUGCACUAUUCCCAGCAGUUGUAAAAAAUGUAGUUUCUAAAAAUAUUGAGCUUAAAAAACUGGUGUAUUCAUAUCUUGAAAGAUAUGCAGAAGAAAAAGAAGAUUUAGCCCUGUUGAGUAUAUCAACCUUUCAAAGAGCUUUAAAAGAACCUAAUCAAUUAAUCCGCGCGGGUUCGUUGCGCGUUUUAUCCGGGAUUAGAGUCCCUAUGAUUGCUCCAAUUGUGAUGAUUGCAAUCAGGGAUGCAUCUGCUGAUAUGUCACCUUAUGUGCGGAAAACUGCGGCUCAUGCUAUACCAAAAUUAUACAGUUUGGAUCCUGAAAUCAAACCAGAACUGGUCGUAAUUAUCGAAAAACUACUCGCGGAUCGCACCGUGCUUGUCCUCGGCUCCGCAGUGAUGGCCUUUACAAAAGUCUGCCCGGAACGAGUUGACCUUAUUCAUCUGGUCUAUCGCAAGCUAUGUGCCUUACUCGGCGACGUCGACGAAUGGGGUCAGGUGAUAAUUGUGCAAGUAUUAACCCACUAUGCGCGCACACAGUUCACCAACCCAUGCCUCAACGAUAAAGACGAAGAAGACAAAGCUUUCUACGAUUCAUCCUCGGAUUCCGAAGAAAAACCACCGCAACCAUCUCUAGAUCCAGAUCAUCGUUUAUUGCUGCGUUCAGCACGACCAUUACUACAAUCUCGAAACGCUGCUGUAGUGAUGGCCGUGGCGCAGAUGUAUCACCACAUUGGUCCUAAACAUGAAACCAUGCCAGCUGUCAAAGCGUUAGUACGACUAUUGCGAUCCAACACUGAAGUACAGGAAUUAGUCUUGAAGAGCAUCGUGACAAUGACGCUGAGUAAAAAAGGAGCGUUUGAUGUUUACCUCAAGAGUUUCUUCAUACGCACGACUGAUUCGACGCGUAUUAAACUCUUAAAGUUGACGGUGUUGACGAAUAUUGCCACCGAGGGUAACAUAUCGACGAUUCUGAGAGAACUCGAGACUUACAUCUCGAAUUACGAUGAUAAUUUCGUCGCGGCGACUAUUCAGGCCAUUGGACGGUGUGCUUGCUACAUUACUGCGGUGACUGACACGUGCCUUAGUGGAUUAGUUACUUUGCUCUCUAAUAAAAUGGUUUUUGUCGUUGCGGAAAGUGUAGUCGUUAUAAAACGCCUGUUGCAGACACAAGCAGCAAACCCAACUGAAAUAAUUAAACAGAUGAUUCGUCUCUUGGACAAUAUCGAAGUACCGCAGGCUCGUGCUUCUAUUAUUUGGUUACUCGGUGAGCACUGCCGAGAUAUCCCAAUGGCGUCGAAUGUGUUAAAGAAAGCGACGAAAACAUUCGCGAAUGAACAAGAUAUUGUUAAGCUACAAGUGUUGAAUCUGGCGGUUAAGCUACACAUUCAUAACAAGGAGCAGUACGCGCUUAUUUGUCAGUAUAUCUUCAACUUGGCGCGGUAUGAUCAGAGUUAUGAUAUUCGUGAUCGUACACGUUUGCUACGAAAUUUCAUCGACAAUCCGGAUAAUAUUCUGAUUGCGAACGCGGCGAGGAUUUUUCUCGCGACGAAACCAGCGCCAACGAUACGAAACACUGAAGAUACUGAGCAAUAUCAAUUGGGAUCGUUAUCGCACUCGAUUAAUCAGAAAGCCGCUGGUUAUGAACCGCUUCCUGAUUGGCCUGAAGUUGCUCCACCAGGUGACGUGCGUAAUGUUGCACCGCAGGUUGACGAGCGGCCUAGGAAUACUCGACAGGAUAAUGGUGAACAAGAUAAUGGUAACUAUGAUUCAUGGAGUUCGGAAGAGUCUUCAUCUACUGAAGGUAGUUAUACCGAAGAUGAUGCUGUUGAGAAUAGUAACGAAGAAGACGAGGAUAAUAAUGAGGAUGAAGAAGAAAGCACGAGUGAAGGAUCAACAUCCACGUCCGAGUCUGAAUCAGAAGAAUCUUCAUCAGUUUCGGAAGACGAUGAUGACGACGAUGACGAUGAAAGUGAAUUGGAAACAAUUGUUCCUAAAGUAACCAAGAAGGAGCCACCGCCUCCGAAAGAAAAAGACAAACGAAAACCACCCACGAAUGAUAAACCACAAAAUAACGCAAGUAAGAGUAAUUUAGAGUUACUCUUAGACCUGGAACCUGCUGAAGGUACCUAUGCACCUGUUAUGACCCCUUCUCUGGGAGGGUUUCUCACGCCAAUGGAUAACUCGACCACCAGCGCUAGUCACAGCAAGCCGGACAUUCAGGUGAUUCCUCCCGUUGAGUACUCACAUACAAGUCAUGAAGUCCUCAAUAAGAUCAACGGGAAAGGAUUGAGUAUUUCGUAUAGAUUCACGCGGAAUCCACAUUUGUUCUCGGCAUCGAUGGUUAACAUCAAUUUAAGUUUCACGAACAAUACCAAUGAGGAAGUUAUGGAUGUUCGAAUAGGACAGAAAACGUUAUCACCUGGUAUGUCUAUUCAUGAGUUCGCGUCGAUAACAACUUUACCACCCAAAUGCACCCUGCCAGGAACGCUGGGCAUCGACUUCAAUGACUCCCUACACGCUGCCAAUCUGGAAAUUGUUUCAUCUUUAGGCACCAGCAGUAUCUGUAUCAAAGCAGACGUCGGGGAAUUACUGCGGCCUGUCGUAAUGGCUGAAGAAGUCUUCCUGCGUCAUCAGGCGAAGUUGAAGGGGAUGAACGAGCACUGCGAUGUUGUGCCUCAUCAUUCUGCCAAGACUAACAAACAGACCGUGUGUCAAACUGCGAAUUUAGGCGUUAUUGAAACCGCCGACGCCAAUAUUUUAAGAUUUGCUGGCCAGACUUUAACGUCGUCGUCAUUGGUGUUGAUUACUGCAGUGAUUGCCGAUGAGAAAGUGGCGAUUACUGUCAAUUGUGAGAAGAUGGUCAUUGGAUCGAUGCUUCUCAACAAGUUGAAACAAGCGCUAUGUUAAUUUUAUAUGAAUAUUCGUGUUGAAAGUGUUCCGGCACUGUUUUGUCCACUGCAUUCCUAAAACAACACAUUCAACCAUCUUAUAUUAUGCUUUGAAUGUAUAUGAAUGUAAAAAUGUUUUAUUUGACUUUAGUAGAGUUAUUGUAUGUUAUAUGUUAAAGAUUGGACGGUCCUGGUUUAUUUUUGUACGCACACCGAAUCAAAUUUCAACUUUUAACACACUGACACACGUAUUACAUGAAUAGUGGCGUCGAGUGAGUGGCAGUAUACCAGUCGAGGGUGCAAAAUGGUGGCAAAUUUUGCAAGUGCUUUUAUAUCAAUUUGAUUAUUAUUAAUAUAUACAAAUAAAUAAAAGAUAUAUGUUAUAAA